AUAGUAUAAUAUUUUUGUACUCUGCCAUUUACUUAGAUGAACAGCUCGACUGCGACCGUUUACGCCGUCGUUGGUGGUGGUUUCUACCUCAUAAACCAUAAUAUCGUAGCUUGAACCUCACCCCACCAACCCAAUUUGUAUUGUUAACAAAAAAAAAAGUAAAAGUCAAAUAGUCUCUGCUUUUUAUCGUGCGGUACUAUUAAAAGAGCUGCCUUUAUUCGCUUUUUUUUGUGUCUCUUCUCUUUUUCGUUUUCACUUUGCAAAGCGUUGCAGCUAUCCAGAAUUGACCUUACAAAGAGAGAACAAAAAAGAGGGAUGAGAGACAUGUAUGUGGUCCCACCUCCUCCUGAUCCGACUGCGGGAACUACGGUGGACGCUGCUGUUACUGGUGACGAUGGGGAGGAUCAGCUCAGGACUUACCAGGCAUGGAAAGGCAGUAAUACUUUCUUGCUUCAGGGGAGGCUUAUUUUUGGACCAGAUGCGAGAUCUCUUCUGCUAACCAUAUUUCUUAUUGUGGCUCCUGCCGCUAUUUUCUGUGUCUUUGUAGCAAGAAAGCUGACAGAUGAUUUUUCUCAUCACUUGGGAAUAUCAAUAUUAGUCGUUGCUAUCGUUCUGACAUUACUAGAUUUAACCCUUCUUCUACUAACGUCAGCAAGAGAUCCUGGUAUAAUACCUCGUAAUGCUCAUCCUCCAGAGCCAGAAGGUUAUGACUGGCAAACUCCACUUACUCCUGGCCAAACCCCACCUUUUCGUUUGCCACGCACAAAGGAUGUUAUCAUCAAUGGGAUGACUGUGAAGACCAAGUACUGCGAUACCUGCAUGCUUUAUAGGCCACCACGCUGCUCUCACUGUUCCAUAUGCAAUAACUGUGUGGAAAGAUUUGAUCAUCACUGCCCAUGGGUUGGUCAGUGCAUUGGAUUGCGGAACUACCGGUUCUUCUUCAUGUUUGUUUUCACCGCAACAAUUCUUUGCAUAUAUGUACAUGCAUUUUGCUGGGUCUACAUUACAAGGAUCAUGAAUAGUGAGGAGACAUCAAUUUGGAAAGCAAUGUCCAAAGCUCCUGCUUCUAUUGCACUAGUAGUUUACACCUUUAUUUCAGUUUGGUUUGUUGGUGGUCUUACUGUGUUCCAUUCAUAUCUCAUCAGUAAAAACCAGUCUACUUAUGAGAACUUUAGAUACCGGUAUGAUGGGCUAGCCAACCCAUUUGACAAAGGUUUGAUUGAGAACUUCAUGGAGAUAUUUUGCUCUAGCAUUCAUCCAUCUAAGAACAAUUUCAGGGCGAAAGUUCCAAAGGAAAACACCAUUCCACCUAGAAUGGUAGCUAGUAGUUUUGUCAGUUCAGGGGUGGGAAAAUCUGCUGGUGAUGUAGAGAUGGGGAGGAAGCCAGUCUGGGAUGAGGCUGCAGGAGAUGCGGAUGAUUAUGAUGGAACAAUAAGAAAUGAUGACAGUCUACAUGAGGAUCGUGGAUUGACUGAUGUCUCACCAGAUUUAAGCAGGAUCCUUCCCCCACAGGGUAUGGAAGGGCGUAGCGUCAUGCAUUCCAGACGAUCAAGUUUGGGGAGAAAAAGUGGCAGUUGGGAUAUUUCACCAGAUCUUGCUUCAGCAGCUGGAAUGGGGGAAUCAGAGCGGACGGCUUGUGGCAUUGGUGACAACUUGACAUCAGAUGCUCAGCAGUCCAAGAGGCAUACAAAGUUGUAAACUGAAAAGAAUGAUUGUACAGAACAAGGAAGGAAAAAAAGAAAAAAGAAAGAUAUGUUUCUAUCGUAUUGGUUGGCCGUUAUUGCUCUUGGUCCCUCACGUUAUCGACCUUUUCCCCCAUGUAUAAUGAUCUGUUUCAAUGGGUUUUUACGGUUUUAGGCCGUUGUAAUUUUUCCAAAACCAGUUGUGCCACCAUAAAUCUUUAAUUUUUUGGUGAGUAGAAGUGAUUGCUAUAUAUUUUAUGUUUUGCAA